UGUUUUCCAUUCCAAUGUUAACCCUCUCAGCUUGUCCGCUUCGUCUUCCUAGAAACGGUGGCCGGUAUCCCCGGCGCCGUCGCGGGCGGCCUCCGUCACCUGCACUCGAUCCGCCGCUUCAAACUCGACCAGGGCUGGAUUAAGACGCUGCUGGAGGAGUCGUACAACGAGCGCAUGCACUUGAUGACCUUUAUAGCCAUGUACCGGCCGGGGAGAUUGAUGCGGUUCAUGGUGUUUGCGGCGCAGGGCAUCUUCUACAACACCAUGUUUAUCGGGUACCUGAUCUCGCCGAGCUUCUGUCACCGGCUCGUAGGGUACCUCGAGGAUGAAGCGGUGGCGACGUACACGAAGUGCCUCACCGAGAUGGACAAGGGGUGGCUGCCGCAGUGGACGGAUCCGGAUUUCAAGAUCCCGGAUAUCGCUAUCAAGUACUGGAAGAUGCCCGAGGGGAGGCGGACCAUGAGGGAUCUGAUCCUGUACAUCCGGGCCGAUGAAGCAUCUCAUCGCGGUGUGAACCACACUCUGGGCAACCUCGACCAGACCUCGGACCCCAAUCCGUUCAUGGAGAGCGACUCCGGGGUCAACCACAUGCACUUGGCUGCGGCCAAGCCCGCAGGGUUAGAGCGGAAGGAAGUUCUCGAGAAAUACGCAAGCGGAGUUGGAACUAGGACAUGAGGAAAAGAAGCAUGAGUUAUGGAGGAAGAUGCCGUUAGCGUCCAGGAAGCAGCUUACUGUGUAUGUAUGUACAUACAUACCUUACGCGUCCACAGAGAUUAGCAUUUCAUGUUUUAUUUCCAACCAGCCAGUAUUACAGAUUAUACCACGAAGAGUUAAAA